AUGGAUUUGAAUUCAAAUGCAGAUUUUCCCUCUAACAUUUCAACAGAUGGGUUGAUUCAAUUGAAAAGGGAAUAAGUGAGGAAUUCACAGAGGAAAGAAGACAUCCAAAAUAAAUUGCUGCAAAAAAGGCAGCAAUACAUCUAUCAAUAUGAAUAGUUGUAUUUGAAACAACAGGAACUCAGAAAAGAGGUGUGUUUAUAUUGUAAUCUUAGGAACUUGCCCUCAUAUUCAAUAAAUCGAUCGAGUAAGUGAAUGAUCACUUUUAUUUGAAUGAAGUGACAGAUGCUUUGGAAAUAAUGGUGAGUUUGGAAUCUAAACUUGAUUAAAUCACAGACAUACCAGAACAAUUGUGUGUUAGUUCAUUUACGAAUGUCUUGAAUUAACUGGUGGCUCAAUUGUCAGCCAACAAUCAAUUAGAAUUCUUCCUACUUACCAUAUCCUUCGAUUCGAUUAACAUGUCACUCUUCCCUUAAGAACAGUCAGUGAUGAGCGAGUACUACUCCAAAACCCUUGAAUUGCUCAAAAAAGAGAAGCACAGACAUGCAUAACACUUCCUUAUCAAACUAUACCAAAAUAACCCAUAAUGGUUUGAAGCAGUACUCUUUUAAGAAUUCUGUUCACUCACUAAGAAACUAUUUGAGUUAUUGCUCAAACACAUUGAUAAUCAAAUAGUUUGGGUAAUUCUGUCCUAGUUGAAGAUUGUGCCUUAUGAUAACUUGAUAUUUUCAACCAUCCUCAAAAACAUCACCAAUAAAAAUGCCUUCCUCCUCUUGCGAAAAACACUCUGCUAAGAGGAAUACCAACUCAAAUACAUCCA